AUGGAUAUUAGACUUAAGAAAAUUAAAGAAAUAUUAUGGGCAAAGAGAAUUUAGGGAAGUGAUAGACACGCGCGAUGAAGAGAGAGUGGUGAGGGGAGGCAAGUGAAGGUGGGUUUAGGGUUGUGUCUGCCAGCAAAUGCUUUUACAGAAGCUGUCUUUCUCUCUGCCUUCAUUCCACAAAACAUUUGAAACCAAAAAAAAUAUUCAUUUUCUUCGUCAAAUUAAUGAAUUAAUAAUGAAUGGUUGGUUGGGGCAAUUUACCCUAUCCGAAUUUUAAACUGAGUGAUAUGUUGUAGGAUGCGAUAAAAACCCAAAAAGGAAGAAGAUAUAAGUGGAGUGGACUAACACGAAAAGAAAAAGAAAGAAAAAAACAAGAAAAUCUGCAAAUGUCAUUUCGAAUUUCCCGCCGAAAGCUCAUAAGUAAGGAUGGAUAAAUAGUGACAGGGAGAUAUCAACCGUCUAUUUCAAAUGUGAAGUCUACUUCCUGCUUAUUUGUAGG